CAUAAAGUUCCUAUCGAAGAAGAAGUUGCAGUUUUUACAGGUGUACGAAAUCAAUGUUCAAUAGUUGGACAAGAAAGUAUUUUAGCAGCCGCUGAUCACGAUUUUUCAAAAUUAUCUUUAACACCCUCU